AUGGCUGAAGUUGGUGAGAAGAUGACAAAUGCAACCCCUGAGGAGCUAGCUUCUAUGUAUGCAAGCCCAAGUGAAUCAGAGGUUGAUAAUGUCAACUAUGGGGCAAGGUUAUCGAAGCCUUACAUGGAGGGGGAAGGGGCGGAUACCUCAGGGGAGCACGACGGCGAAUGGAGAUGGAAGAGUGGCGGGCAGAUUGUGGAUUUUUCGGUCAGACAAAUCAGGGUUGAUUUGGAAGAGAUGAUGCAGCCGAGCACCCAGAUUCAACAGUUCAAAUGGAGUAAAAUCGCUGUCCCGAAGGUGAAUCUUUUUGUUUGGCGGGCUGUGAAUGAAACUAUUCCGACGGCAGUAGCAUUGGCGGAGAGGGGAGUUCAUUUAGGGGAUACGCGAUGUGGAGCCUGUGGUGUAGCGGACGAAACGGUCAGUCAUUUACUUGCCUCCUGCGUCUUCGCACGAGCAGUUUGGUGGCAAGUUUUUGUCUGGUGCAAAAUACCCAUCCCGGCGUCGUUCGAUUCCCUUAGUCAAAUUCUCUCCCACUGCUGCAGCCUUGAUGUAGACAAGAAAAAGGAACAGAUUAUGUAUGCAAUCUGUCUUAUGACCGUGUGGUGUAUAUGGAUGCAUAGGAACAAUAAGCUCUUCAACGGGAAAAACAAUUCAGUGAGUAUGGUAGUGGAAGAAAUAAAGACUGGCACUUUUUGGUGGAUGAAUAGAAGACGAAAACGUACGGACAUUGAUCAGCCUGGAAGAUUGGAACAGCUUCAGCGGUUUUAA